AUGGAUGCAGCUAUAGAUUAUGGUGUAGAUAUUCUUUCACUGUCCUUUGGUGGAAGUACGAAACCUUUUCAUGAUGAUAAUAUUGCUCUUGAGGCGUACAGUGCAAUGGAAAGAGGUAUUUUUGUAAGUUGCUCUGCAGGCAAUAGUGGUCCAUUCAGUCGUACUGUAGCCAAUGAAGCCCCCUGGAUCCUUACAGUUGGUACAAGUACUCAUGAUAGAAAACUGAAGGCCACUGUUAAGCUUGGGAAUAAAGCGGAAUUUGAAGGAGAAUCUGCUUAUCAUCCAAAGACUUCUAACUCAACAUUCUUCACUCUAAUCGAUGCUGGAAAGAUUGUGAGCGAUCAAUUUGAUGUCCAAUAUUGCAGUCCAGGCUCACUCACUGACCCUGCUAUCAAAGGUAAGACAGUCUUGUGUUUGCGAAGGGCUAAUCAUCGCAGGGUAGAUCAAGGACAAGCUGUAAAAGAUGCUGGAGGUGUUGGCAUAAUUCUCAUCAAUGAACAACAAGAUGGUGUGACUAAAUCAGCUGAAGCGCAUGUCCUUCCAGCAUUGGAUGUUUCAGAUGCAGAUGGAAAGAAAAUUAUUGCCUAUAUGAAUUCAACAUCAAACCCUGUUGCUGCAAUCACCUUCCAUGGAACUGUAAUUGGAGAUAAAAGUGCUCCUAUAGUUGCUUCAUUUUCUUUUCGAGGACCAAGCGUAGCAAGUCCUGGCAUCUUAAAACCUGACAUAAUUGGUCCUGGUGUUAAUGUCCUUGCUGUUUGGCCUACCUCCGUGGUUAACAACAAAAACACAAAAUCUACAUUCAAUGUUAUAUCCGGAACCUCAAUGUCUUUCCCUCACCUUAGUGGCAUAGCAGCUCUACUGAAGAGCGCACACCCUGAUUGGUCUUCGACUGCUAGCGGACAGGCUGGCAGAUGUGGAUGCUCUGGUGGCAAAUAG